AUGAUAUUGCAUCAAGACAAAUCACUGGAUAAAAUAAAAGGCGAUAUAAAGUAUAAACUAGAAGAAACAAUGUGCUUAAUACUGGUGACACAAGGGAUGAUUUUUGAUAUAGAAGACAUACUAGAGGAAAUACAUGUGAUAGAAGAUAAAAUAAAAGCCAGAUCGGAUAUAGAAAAUCCAUAUGACUCAUCAGAUAUACCUGAAACUAUUACAAAAGUAAAAAGUGACCUAAAAAAUGCAAACAGACUAAUCAUAGACUACUUUAAUGCAGCUAGUUCAUUUAUUUUAAAGAUAGAUCAAAAAAGGCAUCUAUUGGAAAACACAGAAUUCACUCAAGAUAUAGAAAAUAUUAAUAUUCUAAUUAAUGAGAUUGAAAACAACUUAUAUAAAAAUAUAUUUAAUAACAAAGCAGCGCUAACUGACUUAAAAACACAAAUGCAGGAAAGACUGCGCAAUACUAAGAUAAAGUUAGGAAAUAUUAUCCAAGUAGUAAUGGGUAUGGUGUGUAUACUUAUAUGUAUAUCUGGUAUAGUGGCAGUGUCUAUGAUAGAAUACAUUUAAAUUGAAAAAUGUACAGCAAUAAUACACAGGAGAAAUGUAGGCAGUGGCUUAUAAUAUAUAGCAUAAACCUACUGCACAACAAUGUAUUAUCAGAGCAGAUCAAAAUUUCGGGU